AGGCCUGGCGCUGUCCGCUUUGUCCAGCUCCGGGCUGGCUGGGGACUGUCCCAAGGAGACGACCCAACCACAGGCCAUUUCUAAAGACCCAAAGACUCAGAGGGAUAUUCUCCAAGGCCCUACACUUGGAAAAGCCUGUAGUGAGAACACAGUGCUGGGACAGGAUUGAAAGUCUCAACUACUCAGAGGGAACCCAUUGCCUAGGACUCAUGUCCAGCCCUUGCCAGGACACCCCAGCUGGGGAGAGAGAGGAAUUUGGGAGAAGCUCAAACCUUGUUAACCAGAAGAAGGUACCUGUAGGAGAGGGGCCCCAGCCCAUGGUACCAUGUGAGAACUCCAUGCUAAGUCCACAUCCAGUGGAGCAUGAGGUAACUGGUGUAAAGAAAACUGCCUGUAAGCAUGAGGAGUGUGGAAAAGACUUGAAGCUGCCCUCAGCCCUCAUCCAAUCCCAGAGAGUUCACACUGGAGAGAAGCCCUAUACAUGUGGUCAGUGUCAGAAAGUGUUCAGGUGUAGGUCAAAUCUCAUCGAACACCAGAGAAUUCACACUGGAGAGAAGCCCUAUGAAUGUAAUGAAUGUGGGAAAGUUUUCAUUCAGAAUUCAACUCUUAUGUUGCACCAGAGAACUCACACUGGAGAGAAGCCCUAUACAUGCAGAGAAUGUGGCAAAGCCUUCAGGGGGAGCUCAGACUUGAGAAAACACCAGAGGAUUCACACUGGAGAGAAGCCCUAUGAAUGUAGUGAAUGUGGGAAGACCUUCAGGUGGAGCUCCCCCCUUAUCAGACAUCAGCGAACACACAGCGGAGAAAGGCCUUAUCAGUGCAGUGAGUGUGGCAAAGCCUUUGGCCAGAGCUCAUCCCUCAUUGAGCACCACAAGGUCCACACUGGUGAGAAACCCUAUGAGUGUUCUGAGUGUGGGAAGGCCUUCAAGGGGAGCUCAGACCUGAGCCAACACCGGAGGGUUCACACUGGUGAGAAGCCCUAUGAGUGUGAAGAAUGUGGGAGAGCCUUCAUGUGGAAGACAGCCCUCAUCACUCACCAGAGAAGCCACAGUGGGGAGAAGCCUUAUGAGUGCCCUGAAUGUGGGAAGGCUUUUGUCCAAAGCUCACAGCUAACCCAGCACCAGAGAAUUCACACUGGGGAGAAGCUGUAUGAAUGCAGUGUCUGUGGAAAAGCCUUCAGUGUGAGCUCCUACCUUAUUGAGCAUCAGAGGAUUCACACUGGAGAGAAGCCCUAUGAAUGCAGUGUCUGUGGGAAAGCCUUCAUCCAAAGAUCACACUUGACCCAACACCAGAGGAUUCACACUGGAGAGAAGCCUUAUGAAUGUAAUGAAUGUGGGAAAGCCUUUAGUGUGAGCUCCUACCUUAUUGAGCAUCAGAGGACUCACACUGGAGAGAAGUCCUAUGAAUGCAGUGUCUGUGGGAAAGCCUUUUGCUAUAGCUCCUACCUUAUUCUGCACCAGAAACUUCAUACCAGCGACCCUGCUGGUGAGAAGCCCUAUGAGUGUGGUGAGUGUGGGAAAGCCUUCAUGCAGAAUUCAGCUCUUACCCUGCACCAGAGAGUUCACACUGGAGAGAAGCCUUACAAAUGCCAAGAGUGUGGCAAAGCCUUCAGGUGGAGCUCAGACCUCAGAAAACACCAGAGGAUUCACAGCGGAGAGAAGCCCUAUCAGUGCAGAGAGUGUGGCAAAGCUUUUGGGCGGAGCUCAUCCCUCAUUGAGCACCACAAGGUCCACACUGGUGAGAAGCCCUAUGAGUGUACUGAGUGUGGAAAGGCCUUCAAGGGGAGCUCAGACCUGAGCCAACACCGGAGGGUUCACACUGGUGAGAAGCCCUAUGAGUGUGAAGAAUGUGGGAGAGCCUUCAUGUGGAAGACAGCACUCAUCACUCACCAGAGAAGCCACAGUGGGGAGAAGCCUUAUGAGUGCCCUGAAUGUGGGAAGGCUUUUGUCCAGAGCUCACACCUCACUCAGCACCAGAGAAUUCACACUGGGGAGAAGCUGUAUGAAUGCAGUGUCUGUGGAAAAGCCUUCAGCGUGAGCUCCUACCUCAUUGAACACCAGAGGACUCACACUGGAGAGAAGCCCUAUGAAUGCAGUGUCUGUGGGAAAGCCUUCAUCCAAAGAUCACACUUGACCCAACACCAGAGGAUUCACACUGGAGAGAAGCCUUAUGAAUGCAAUCAUUGUGGGAAAGCCUUCCGCUAUAGCUCAGACCUGAUCCAGCAUCACAAGCUUCAUACUAGAGAAUAGUUGGCAGAGUAUCAUUGUCUCACUGAAAGCUAGUCUCAUGUCUCCAGUCUCCCCCUCCCCACUGCCUCUUUGUCUUCUUUUCCAAACAUAGCCGGAUCUCCCCAAUCUGAGAGAGCAAAGGUUCAGACUUGUUACUACCUCAAGCUCUACUCCUCCUUCCCUCUCUCCCUCCCUCCUUCCUCCCUCUUUGUUCCUCCCCUCCCCCC